GGGAGGGAGGGAGAGGAGGAGAGGCAGACGGCACCACUCCUCUGCCAGGAAGAGAAGAGCACAACGGGACCGGACCGAGAGAGGGCACACACGUUCACCCCCACAGAGAACCAUCGGCCAAAUCAGCGAGUAGAGGUCAGGAGAAGCUGGUGUGGGACGGGGGCGGCUGCGCCCCCUCUGGCUGGGGACCGUCAGGAGCGCUAAGCCCAGGAGGAGGGGGAGGAGGAGGGGGAGGAAGAGGGGGAGAGCCCCGGAGACCCGGUUCCUCUGUAGGCUGAACCUGUCUUUCAAUGACCAUGGGGGAGUGGACCAUUCUGGAGCGGCUGCUCGAGGCUGCUGUCCAGCAACAUUCUACCAUGAUUGGGAGGAUACUGCUGACAGUAGUAGUGAUCUUCCGUAUUUUGAUAGUAGGUAUAGUGGGUGAAAAGGUCUAUGAGGACGAGCAGAUAAUGUUCAUCUGCAACACUAUGCAGCCGGGCUGCAACCAGGCCUGCUACGACAAGGCCUUCCCUAUAUCCCACAUCCGCUUCUGGGUCUUCCAGAUCAUCUUAGUGUGCACGCCCAGCCUGUGCUUUAUCACCUACUCUGUGCACCAGUCCGCCAAGCAGCGUGACCGCAGUUACUCCAUGCUGCACCCCUACAUAAACCAUGGUCAUGCAAGUCACCACAGUCGCGGAGGCGACCACCAUGCCCGCAAGCUGCGCAACAUCAACGGUAUCCUGGUGCAGAACCCUGACAGCGGCAAGGAGGAGCAGGACCUGGAGGUCAAGGAGAUCCCAAAUGUACCCCGGGGGCUCACGCAGGCCAAGAGCGCCAAGGUGCGGCGGCAGGAGGGAAUCUCCCGCUUCUACGUCAUCCAGGUGGUGUUCCGUAAUGUGCUGGAGAUCGGCUUCCUGGCAGGCCAGUACUUCCUCUAUGGCUUCAAUGUGCCAGGGAUGUUUGAGUGUGACCGCUACCCCUGCGUGAAGGAGGUGGAGUGCUACGUGUCACGCCCCACAGAGAAGACAGUGUUCCUGAUCUUCAUGUUUGCGGUGAGCGGCAUCUGUGUGCUGCUCAACCUGGCUGAGCUCAACCACCUGGGCUGGAGGAAGAUCAAGACGGCCGUCAGGGGUGUUCAGGCCCGCAGAAAGUCCAUCUGUGAGGUGCGUAAGAAGGACGUGUCGCAUGUGUCCCAGGCCCCCAACCUGGGCAGGACCCAGUCCAGUGAGUCAGCCUACGUCUGACAGAGGCUCAUCCACAUGGGGGGACCUGGACCUCUGGACCGAGCACAGCUUUCUCUGGGGAGGACGAACACUCAACCCAGCUCCCCCCACCCUGAGGGACAGUAACUCUACACUGCAACAUUAUUCAGGAGUGCAGAGGGACUUCACGUGGCCAUACUGGAGGAUUAUUGGAGAGAAGAGCUUUUUGGACUCUACAAGAGAGAGAAAGUACCUCAAGGGCAGUUGUGUUGCUGUAACUAAAGUUAGAUUUGAACUAUUGGGGGAGUUGUGCUCUGAAUCCUAGGUGACACUAGGUGCCUUCCAAGAGAACACAUUGGAAAAAGAGGAGAUGGGACUAAUUACUGUAAGAAUAUGAAAUAAGGAUAGUUCCAAUUAAGAAAUAAGUCUCACAUAAAAUAUAUUAUCUUUGCCUUUGUGAGAGGUCAAACGUAGUCCCUUCAUUUAUUUAAGUAUGUGUGCAUAUGCAAGAACUUAUGUGUGUGCAUGCAUACGCAUGUGUGUGUGUGCAAGAGAUAAGGCAGUGUGUAUGUCCUUUGUUCUGCAGAGUCAGAGCAGAGAUGAUUGGUGAAGUUGAGUUGCUGAGGGAAUGAAAACGUUCCUUCUUUCCGUUCUUUUCCUUCCCUGCGGCAGCUCCACUGUAAGGAGGAGCCAAGCAGAGGAGAUGCACUUUUCAUCAUCCCCUUAGAAACCCAGAAAAGAAGGCUUUAAAAAAACUUCAAAAAUCAACACUAAAACUAUACCUCAGCACAAACUGGAACCCCCUCCCGUCCCCGUCCCCACUCCUUGCACUAGAAUCCCUCGCAUAGCCCCCCCCUCCUCCUCUGUCGCUGUAUUAUGCAUUAUGUUAUAGGACUGACUACAGUAUGAAGCACUAAAGGAAUGAAUGGAAUUACAACAAGCCCUUCUUUUUCCAUUACAUAGGAAACAGAAGUAUUUACUCACAGAACAUUUUAACGUUUAACCCACAAGUUUUUUUCUUUACUACCGAAUUUGGUCCCAUAUUUCCAAGUUACUGUAAAUAGUUUAAUGUAAUAAUAAUUGCAUAAAGCCAGCUUAUUCCCUUAUGAGGCAUGGGUGGGUGGGGGAAUGGCGGGUGUCGGGUUGGGUGCUGGGAUUUAGGUGGUGCUGGAGAUAAAUCAUAGAUUGCCAGCUUUAAGAAUAUAUCAUAUUAAUGUGCUCUUUGUUAAGCUUUUGUUCUCUAAUGGAAAUUGUAAGUUCCAAAAAAGUGAUUUUUUUCCCUCCUAUGGAUUUUGAAAAAGGCAUGUUACUGAAGCAUUAAUAGAAUGGAUAGAUUGUGUCAUGACAUGUAAUUAAAAAAAUGGACUGUUUAAUUUAUUUGCAUCCUGCUCCUGUGACAUGUACUAAUCAGCAUGCGUUAAGAUGAAAAAUGAUAUAUGAGAUGUGAACAUAGCACCAUGUUAUGGGGAUAUGGGGAGUGAAUAUUGAAAAGGCUCCAGAAUUGCAGCAAUAAUAUUAAUAAUAUAUUGCAGAAAAAAUAA